ACUUCAAAUGGAGAUAUUUGCCCGUGAAAGGGCUGAAAGUGAGAAAGCUGCUCUAGAACAGCGGGUGCGUGAGCUGCAGGACCAACUUGAGCAAAGGGCAGUACAAGACCGUGCAAGUGAAGAGCCUAGGUCGCAACAUGGUUCUAAUAUGCGACAGAAUCUGAAUACAAAGGAUGAUGAGGACAAUCAAGGCGAGGAAGACCGUACUUCUGGAGAUGACUACUUGGAUGCUGAGGAUGACCAGAAUUUCUUGGAUCAGAUCCAAGGGGCAAAAUCAUCACAACCUGCAGGUGACAUUGCAACAGGAACAUCACGGCCUGCAGGACACAUUGCGACAGCAACAUCACGGCCUGCAGGACACAUCGCGACAGCAACAUCACGGCCUGCAGGACACAUUGCGACAGCAACAUCACAGCCUGCUGAUGCUCCCCGCUCUGACCAUGAUGCUCUAGUAAUACUUUUAUCUUAUAUUUUCAACUUGCCAUUUUAUUACCCUGCAGUACUUUGAAUUCCAUUCUCACUCAUUUGUAUUAGGUUGGAAAGGAAGUCAUUUUGUAUGCCUUGUUGAGAUCUG